GCAUUUGAUGAAGGGGCUGGGAAGGUUGCGCUGCUGCUGAUGCUCGCCCACCGGCUUUGCCCGGCCCCGGCUCCCGAGCUUCGCAGGAGGGGGCCCUGCGCCUUGCCCAGAGACCUUUUUUUGGGCCCCUGAGUGGUGCAUGUGUCAGCAAACAUGUAGCCCAGAGGGGCCUUUUCCUGACAGCCCUGAAAGGGGGGGGCACACAAUGGAUUGUAGGUUUGUGAAAUGCAUCCAGUACCUUUUCUCUGCCAUGGUGCGUGCAAUAAAGAUGCGCGUCUUCCUUGUUUGCUGUGCAGCAGGCUGACCUUUUCCUGCAGAUUUGCGAGUCCGAGUGCAGCUGCCGCGUUUCUGCACUGCCGCUCUGUGUGCGUGAAGCAGGCGGACUGAAGGCCGGGGGCCUCACCCUGGGCUCUGUGGCAGACCGGGACGGGACCGGCGAACAUGACCGGGCACGGGCCAGAGGGAGACGGGGAGCUCCGGCUCAUCCUGGUCGGGAAGAGCGGCGGCGGGAAGAGCGCCACGGGCAACACCCUCCUGGGCCGGGAGGAGUUCGAGUCCGUCCUGGCAGCAAACGCCACCACCCUGCAGUGCCAGAAGGCGCAGGGAAGCUGGAGUGGCCGGCGGGUCUCGGUGGUCGACACGCCAGACUUCUUUCCCUUGGGAGCCUUCCGGGGGAUCGUGUACUCCGAGAUCCGGUGCUGCGUGGAGCUCUCCUGGCCCGGCCCCCACGCGCUCGUGUUCGUGACCCAGGUGGGCCGCUUCACCGCCGAAGACGAGGCGGCUGCGAACCGCGUCCUGGAUGUGUUUGGGGUGGAGGCCGCCCGGCGCAUGAUCGUCUUGUUCACCCGCAAGGAAGAUUUGGGCGGGAUCUCCUUGCAGGACUAUGUGAGGCGGUCGGGCAACCAGGCCCUCCAGAAGCUGGCCCAGAGGUGCGGGGAUCGCGUCUGCGCGUUCAACAACCGGGCCGAGGGAGCGGAGCGCAAGAAGCAGGUCUCGCAGCUGAUGGAAGCGGUCCUGGGGAUGGUCCUGGAGAACGGAGGGGGCCAUUACAGCAAUGAGCUCUACUCUGCCAUCCCCUUAACGGAUGAAAGCAUCAAAUCUUUUGUGGCAAAAAACCAAAAUGCCCGGAGGAAGUUAGGGGGAGACUGGCUGUUGAAUUACAGGUGUUACUUCAUAAUUCUCAGUCUUCUUUUCUUUGUAAUUUUGAUUGUCAUUCUUGCAGUCAUAAUAAACGAAGCAUAGAUAUUUCAUGGGGCAACAGCAGCUCAUCUCCUGCAGCCUCGUUUUCUGAUGAUUUUAACUGUCUUCUGUCCCUGCUCCACACAAGCUAGACCACCAAUGCUAAUCAGAAUUGCUGCCCAUUUUCUUAAGGGCAAUGACUGCAAGAAAUAGGAGGUUUAACCAGCCGUGGUCUCUUUUAUCAUAAAUAAUAGGACGAAUAGUACUAAUCACAGAUUGUGCACACGUAAAGGACAAAAUAGUGAAUAUUCGUGUUAUGCAUGAAGAAUAAAUACGUUAUUUGAA